CUCCCGGCACGGGCCGCGCGCAGGCGGCGCUCCGCAUUGCACACGCGGGGGGCGCCGCAGUGUUCGUGGGAUGGGGCAGCGGGCUGCCUCUGGUGGCAGGGACGCGAGCAGCCCGGGUGCCAGGCCUCUACCACCGUCUCAAGUGCCCACUCUGAGGCCCUCUGCAUGAGUGACACACCAGUCUGCCAUGGAACCUAGCCCUGCCCUGGCCUGGCUCCUGCUGCUGAGCCUGGUGGCCGACUGUCUGAAAGCUGCUCAGUCCCGAGACUUCACAGUGAAAGACAUAAUCUACCUCCACCCUUCAACCACUCCAUAUCCUGGUGGAUUUAAGUGUUUCACCUGUGAGAAAGCAGCGGACAAUUAUGAAUGCAACCGAUGGGCUCCUGACGUCUACUGUCCUCGAGACACCAGAUACUGCUACACUCAGCACACCAUGGAAGUCACAGGAAACAGCAUCUCUGUCACCAAACGCUGCGUCCCACUGGAGGAGUGCUUAUCCACAGGCUGCCGAGACUCAGAGCAUGAAGGCUACAAGAUAUGCACCUCCUGCUGUGAAGGAAAUAUUUGUAAUCUACCACUCCCUCGAAAUGAAACUGAUGCCACAUUUGCCACCACAUCGCCCAUAAACCAGACGAAUGGGCACCCACACUGUGUGUCAGUGAUUGUGUCCUGCUUGUGGGUGUGGCUGGGACUCACCUUAUAGCAACCCUCUCUACCAAAUGUAGAUGAGCUCUGUGGGUUUCACCAUGGCCCGUAGUCAUGCAUGAAGUCAUUGGCUUGACAGUAGUGACACAAUGCAACCCCAGCACCCCCAGAUGUCAUCACAGCCAGACGUCAUUGAAGCCAGCCAUUAAUUACCAUUAACCAUGAAGAACAAGCAUUGCUUCCAUGCUGUUAUUUCCAGCCUAACCACAACCCCAUCUAAGUCAGCCUGUCCCCCCAAUAGAUACAGACCCUGAUUUGUAUACCACAGACCUGUGAUUUUGCUACAAGAAAGAGUUCUGCAUUUAUUGAUAUCUGGGGUUCUUGCUUCAGAAUUCACCAGUGAGCUGCAGGAGGCCUUCUGAGGAAUAAGCUAUGGAUGCAGGAGAUGUUCAUUCUUUCCAGGAAAGGAGUAAAUAACCAUUGGCUUAAUUGCAAUCACACCUGCACCUAUAGCUUUAGAAGUUUAAAACUUUAAAUCCAAAAUAAGUGGAAUAGUUUCUUUGAGAUUCUGAUGGAGUCCCUGAAAGAGUUGAAAGAACUUUGCUCAAUUUAAUUUCCUCGGUCUUCUUAUCUUAACAUUGGGAAACAUGUUCCUUCUGCCCUUUGUAGAAGAUAAAAAGAGGCAAUUAUAAAAGUUUGUUGUAUUUGUAGGAGUGAAAAGAGAAAGAUUUCCUCCAACUUGAUGAAGUUAGCAUCCAGGAGACGAAAUUAUCCCUUCUUAUAACUGGACAGUUUGGCCUGGACUCAGGAACUGCUUAAGCUUCCUGAGUCCCUGGAUUCCAGCCGGACCAGCAGCAUCUAAAAAGCUGCUAGAUGGAUGGGGUUAUUUUCUCCAGGUGUUGCAUUCUAUUCGCAUAUAGCUGAUCUAGUCAGAGAGAGGACUUCAGAAUAAAAGGAAGCUCUGUGGAAGUUAGUCCUAGCUCAUUUUGAAGGCCCAGAAAUGGCUAAGCAAAGUUCUUUCUCUUUGCACAGUAUUUAUUGCCACAGAGAUGUCUCCUUCCACAACCACAGUGACUUUAAAGAGAACGUUCUGGUUAACUUCUCAUUAGAUCAACAAGAUAAGAACACGCCUGUAAUGGAUUGUAAGUAGUAUGGUGGCCUAAGGAGUAAGUUUUGUUUCUCUCAGCUACUGUUUUUGAAGAAGGAAAGAUUUUCAUUGUCCUUCACGUAUUUUUUUAAACCUAAAAAAUUGCGUUGUUUUCUUCUCCCAUGUAAAUUCUUUAAAUGACAUUUAUUUUUGUAUGGUAUAAACUGAAAACUAUAUUUGAAAAAAUUCUUUUUUUUUUCUGAACAAAAUAUCAGUUAGAAUGCUUGCUUUCAACAGCAGUAGAGAUUGUCAUCACUCCUGACCAUGGAAGGUAUCAGUGAUCCUCAUAUGGAUGCUGAAAAAGUUACUGUGCUGUGAACGAGGGUUGUGCAUUUGCCUCAAGGGCUUGACUCAUUGUCUCCCCAGAAAGGUUGCCCAAGAAAUAUUAGGGUGGAGGCCAUCACUGAUGUGACCGUCUUUGCAGAGCUGUGGGUUGUGUCUACAGGGAACUUGGCAGAGCUAUGUCUUGAAGAGGUCAAUGAUGUUAAAAUGUAUCUACCCUACACAGGGAACUUUAGCUCAAAUGAGAGCCCCCAACCCAGGGACCAAAUCUGAACCGACAGCAGAAACUCUGAUGCAAAUCACUGAAGUUGCAUCACACAGCCUUAACGAAGAGUUUGGCAGGCUUAUCAAUUUCUUGCUUAUAACUGUGGAUAGGAGAGCAGGAGAGAAAGACCUGUAAUAAGCACCUCUUAUGUGCCCGGCACUUUGCUAAGCACUUUACAUAGUUAGGCCAUAUAACCCUACAUCAAUUCUGUAAGAACAGAACAUAUUGAUGUAUACAAAUGAAGGUCUCAAGGCUCAAAGAAGUUUGAUAAAUGAAGCCUUUUCCUUCAGAUUUAGUUUAUGUGGGAUAUGACAUGUUUGGAAAAACAAAAAACAAAAACGGGGGAGGAGGGAUGGAAUUUCUCAGCUAGGAAAACCUCUAGGCCUGACUUCCUGGGAAUUUCCCCAUUUAUCAUGUAGAACAUAUCCUGCUUCUCAGGAUGACAUUUGCAUGUGUCCCCAGUUGUCACUUUUUCUUUGGGGAGUAAAGUUAUAGCUUCCUUAUGUACCCUCUGGUAAAGAGAGGAGAUAGUCGACCUUGCAUCUAAAGAUGCUAUAAGACAAUGAGAAUUUGAUAUUGUACAUGUCUACAAGUACCGUUUUUGUGCAUGGUCACAUUCUGCUGACAUUUGCCAAGUCUGCAUGCAAUCUGAACAAGAGACAAGGGACUGGCCACAGGAGAGCCUCCCUGGCUGGUUUUCAGGGAUUGGGUUCUCAAGGGUACAGACUGUCCUCACCUGGGGAGUAAUGGCAGCCAUUGUACACAUGUGCUGCACACAUCUAUAACACCUUUCAAAGUGUCUUUUUAAUUCUCUUGAAGGAGUGUGGGUUUGCUCACCACCCCUAGCCUCAAGAAGCCAAGGAGGGACCAUUCAUGUAGAAGGUCCAGGACUAGUUUACCCAUGUGACCGGUAUCACUUUAAACUUUCCAUUAAACCUCACCAUUGGUGAUGGCUUAAAAUGCAAAGAGCCAUGAUAUGUAUAUUAACCUAUGUUCUACAUAUUUAUUUUUAGACUUUCUUCAACAUCCAUGUUAGUAUGGGAUUAAUGCCUAAAUGUAAAUAUUGUAUACUUUGUAAAUCAAUGAAUAAAGAUUUUAAGUGUGUUUCAUUAGGCUUCUUCCUACAA